AUGGAAUCUGGGAUGCCUGUACCUGUUGUGAUUACAGCGUAUGCCGACCGUUCUUUUUCCUUUGAAACAAAGACACCUCCUGCGAGUUAUUUUCUGCGCAAGGCUGCUAAAUUGAAAAAAGGCGCCUCCAAUAAAGGACACGAAGUUGUUGGGGAAGUUACAAUGGAUCAAUUGCGUGAGAUUGCUCAGCAAAAAAUGGCGGAUUUGAAUGCACAUGACUUGGAAGCUGGAGCACGUAUGAUUGCAGGUUCUGCUAGAGCUAUGGGCUUGAAAGUAGUGGAGUCUUAA